AUGGCUGAUGCCGACCCCCAUCUGUCAUUGUCCACCCCCGACGCCGCCCUCGGCUCCGCGGCCUCCCACUUCUACCCCUUCGCGACGUCGCCAGACAUCAUCCGCUCCCACGAGAAGGAUGCAUACCUCACCAGCGGGCUGGUGCAACAAGCCCAAACCAUCAUACGAUCCCUCAAAGGCGCCCGUUUCGCACACACCCACUCCGACGCCAUCAAACGCCUCACCGAACUGCUGUACUUCUCCCUGACCACCGCCAUCGGCAACCGCACCCUCGGCGAGGAGUACUGCGACCUCGUCCAACUUGAAGACGAUACCCUCCGCCUCCCCACCAUCACCCGACGUGUCGGCUACAUCCUCAGCAGCAUCCUGGUCCCCUGGUCCCUUCACCGCAUCCUGCCCGCCUUGCGCGCGCGGGUCCGCGCCAAACUCGAGCGCAGCAUCGCCCGACAGCAAAUCAAAGCUGCCCAGCAAGCCGGCCUCCGCCAGCUCUCACCUGCCAGCCCCGCCAAGUCACCCGCCCCGUCGUUCUUUACCAAAUUGCGCCUCCAGCAGUACCUCCUCGAGCACCUGGACUCGAUCACCUCAAUCUCGCCGAUCUACGCCCUCAGCAUCGCGACUUUUUACUUCACUGGCUCGUACUAUCACCUCUCCAAGCGAAUCUGGCGCCUGCGCUAUGUGUUCACGAAGAAGAUCGAGGAAAGCGAGCAGCGCAUCGGCUACGAAGUGCUCGGCGUGCUGAUGGUGCUGCAGAUCGCUGUGCAGGGCUUCCUGCACGUGCGGAAAAUCGGCAUCAGCAUGAACGACGCCGAUACGACGGCGGGGACAGAUUCAGAGGCCCGCCCCGAGGGCGGAGCCCUGAUCCCCUCGAUCCAGCAUCCGGCGGCGGUGCCGCUGCUGCCGUCGUCCACGGCGCGGUAUGACCUAGAGGAAGAUCCGGCGGCGGUGGCGUGGAUCCCCGAAGGCCAGCAGCGGAAGUGUACGCUGUGCUUGGAGGCCUUCAAAGAUCCGAGCGUGACGACGUGCGGGCAUGUGUUUUGCUGGGUGUGUGUGAGGGACUGGGUCCGGGAGAAGCCGGAGUGUCCAUUGUGUCGACAGGAGGUUUUGUUAUCGAAAGUACUUCCUUUGCGAGGGUAG